AUGAGUGAUUAGAUAAUUAAAUUUAUGAUUCGCCAUAUACUUUCUCUAAGCAAGCGUAACUAAUCUUUUGGUUCAACCAAAAAUAUUUUGGAUUUCUCUGAAUUUCUAGAGCGCAAUGUUUUAUCUUCCGCUCCUAAGCAAAUAUCAGUCGCUACAAUAAGAAAUACAAAAGAAAGGGAGCACUAUUCAAAAUGCUUCGAUAGAACAGGAAAAUGUCAAGGAUGUGAGAAAAAUAAAAACUGGAAAAAAGAUGAAAGUCGUCUUACAAUAGGCGAAGCAAUAAGAGAAGCUCAAAGAUGCCUAAAAUGUACCGAUGCUCCCUGUUAAAAAGGAUGCAGUACAUCCAUAGAUAUUAAAAGCUUCAUUUACAACAUAGAGAAAAAGAAUUGGUAUGGAGCAGCAAAAGUUAUACUAACUGACAAUCCUCUGGGCUUGAGUUGUGGUUAGUUAUGUCCAAUUAGUGAAUUGUGUGCCAGAAAUUGUAAUGUGGCAUCUAGUGAAAAAGGUGCCAUUAAAAUCAAUAAGCUCUAAGAGUUCGCAGUCUCAAUGUUUAAGGAAAUGAAUGUUAAACAGAUUCGGGAUCCCAAAUUGCCAAAAAAUGAUCAUAUAGUGUUCGAUUCAUCCAUAGCCUUAAUUGGUGCCGGCGCUGCCUCACUAUCCUGUGCUACCUUUCUAGGAAGAUUGGGUUAUAAGAAUGUUACCAUUUUCGAGAAGUCUUAACAUGCAGGAGGAUUAGUAGUAUCAGAAAUCCCAAUGAAUCGUUCCCCAGUAGAUGACAUUAAUUGGGAAAUUGAACAGGUGAAACAGCUAGGAAUAAAAUUUGUUUUUGGAAAGGAAUUAGGGAAGGACUUCACAAUAGAAUCAUUAAGGAAGGAGGGAUACGAAUGUGUAUUCCUUGGAUGUGGGCUUAAUGAGCCAAAAAAGGGAUUGGGACAUAUAUAUUAAUAAAGUCACAUUUUAAAUUCGAAGACCUUUUUGCCAAAGGUUAACUAAGCUGUGAAGCAAGAUAAGGACAUAGAAGCCACUCCAAAACUCUCGGGACAUGUUAUUGUAUUAGGAAUUGGAGAUACAGCUUUAGAUUGUGCUAGAUCGGCAUACAGAUGUGGAGCACAAAGAGUCAGCGUGAUAUUCAGAAGGGGAUGGUAGGACAUUAGAGCAAAUGAUGAGAUCCUGAUUCCUUCUAAGAAUGAGGGCAUCAAUUUCAUACCUUAUGAAUAACCAAUGAAAUUAAUAGAAGUUGAUGGAAAAUAUAAGGAAAUUGAAUUAGAGUAAAAUCUCCCAGUCAAUAACGAUGCCUUCGACUUAAAGUACAAACUCACAGGAGAAAAAAUAAAAAUGAGUUUUGAUUAUUUGAUUACAGCCUUUGGUUCGGAAAUAUAAAAUAAAGAAUUGGACUAAUUUUUAAAUCAAAAGAAUGGCUUUGUUUCGAUUAACGAUCAACAUUAAGUCAAAGGUUACGAUUGGCUCUACGCAGGUGGGGAUGCUGUUGGAGUAGCUAAUUUGGUGGACGCAGUCAAUGAUGGUAAAACAUCUUCUUGGCACAUUCAUAACUUUUUAUAGAAAAAACACUAAAUCUCAUAAUUAACACCAGACCAUCUACCAUCUUACACCACAGAAAUUGACAACAUAGAUCUUAGUAUUAAUAUCCUUGGAGUUAACUUCCUUAAUCCUUUUGGUUUAGCUUCAGCACCACCAACCACAUCAUAUCCAAUGAUAAAAAGAGCAUUCUAAGAAGGAUGGGGUUUUGCUGUUGUGAAGACAUUCGUUUUGGAUAAAGAUGCUAUCACCAAUGUGUCUCCAAGGAUAUACAAAAGCACUACUGAUCCGCUUAAAUAGGAUCCAGGAUAUGCUAACAUUGAAUUAAUCAGUGAGAAAUCAGCUAAAUAUUGGUUGGAAGGCAGCAAAGCUAUUAAAAAGGAAUUCCCCAAUCAUGUGCUUAUCGGCAGUAUUAUGUGUUAACACAUUGAAUAAGAUUGGAGAGAAUUAACCAGAAAAUGCAAAAAUGAGGGUUAAUUCGAUAUGCUUGAAUUAAACUUAUCAUGUCCUCAUGGAAUGACUGAAUUAGGAAUGGGUAGAGCUUGUGGAGAAAACCCAGCAAUAGUUAAAGAUAUUUGUCAAUGGGUUACUUCUGAAAUUGAUAUUCCAGUUAUCGUUAAAAUUACUCCCAAUUAUCCAGAUUCUGCAGAUAUUGCCUAGGCUGCCAAAGAAGGAGGAGCUAAAGCAGUUACUUUGACUAACACCUUCCCAACUUUAAUGGAUCCAGAUCCUUUAGGCACCCCUUGGCCAGCUGUUGGUGAAGAAAACAAUGUCACUUAUGGUGGAGGUUGUGGAUCAAUGUUGAGACCUAUUGCACUGAGAAAAACAUCGGAAGUGGCCAAAGCUAUCCCAGAUAUUGCUAUUUUUGGAAGUGGUGGUAUUAUCUAAGGAGAUCAUGCUCUCUCAUUCCUUAGAUAUGGGGCAUCUGCUUUUCAGAUUUGUUCAGCUGUUUAAGAUCAAGAUUUCGCAACUGUUCUUUAUGAUCUCAAAACUAGCUUUUAGGCUCAUCUUUAUGCUUCAUAUAACUUAAAUUAAAAAUAAUGGAAAGGACAAUUCCCAACUAGUUAAAAAUAAAAGCCUUCUUUUGCAUUCAGUUCUAAUAAUAAGCUCAAGAAUCUUGUUGGAUCUGGAUUACACCACAUCAAAGAUAUUGCUGAAAUGAAAAGAUAAGACUUUUUGGUUCCUCAAAUAAAUGAGGAUUCAUGUUUGAAAUGUGGAAGAUGUUAUUUGACUUGUUUGGAUUCUGGCUAUUAAGCUAUUAAGUUUGACAAUUUCAAUUCUUUCCCAACUAUUAUUGAAGAAUUAUGCACCGGUUGUGCAUUAUGCCAUGCUGUGUGCCCUGUAGAAGGUUCAAUCUCAAUGGAGAUUCGAGCGACAGACAUUGUUGUUAAUCGUGGAAUUCCAUUAGAUAAAGAACCAGAAGGUCUCAUCAAUCAUAUUCCAAGUAGAAAAAAAUGA